AUGAGACAAAUUAUAAAAAAGGAAGACUCCAAUUUCUUAAAUCAAAUUGUGUGCAAUAUGCUUCAAAUUAAUGACUAAUUCUAUUGCUAUGAACCAUUUAAGAUAUUUAUUUUUAUUGUAAGUAUGUGUUAACCAGUAUUUUAUCUCUACUAUUACGAUUAUGAUUAAUUUUAAGAAAAAAUACCAAAUACUACUAUUCAAUAGAUGAUAUUUUACUUCUUUAGACCUGAAAUACUUUUAUUUAAGUUUUUUCCAAACAUAGUAAUACUAAUUAUACCAUAUAUAAUAUUAGUGAUCAUAUUUAUUGCAAAAUUAGGAAUCAUAUUUAACUUAGCAAAUGAAAAUUAAAGAUAUUCAAAUAAAUAAAAGAAUCCUAGUAUUCUUAAAAACAUGUUUAUAACAUUUACAUCAUAUUAUUAAUAAUUAUUAUGCAUUAUUCUACAUUACCCUAUUUAAACAUUACUAAUUUGUUCUAUAAGUAAUACCCUAAAAUAAUUUUAAAAUUAAAAUUCCGCUUAUUUUGCUUUACUUUUAUUUGGAAUCAUUAUUUUCUUUAUUAUAGAAAUUGAGACUCUAUUAAAUCUAUUUAUAUGUUUCCCAUCAUCUAAUUUUCAUAUUAAAGGUUUUGAAAAAUCAAUUGUAACUUCCUUUGACAUUAUUAUUUAUGCAAUUGAAUUACUGCAAAUUAUUCUUUUUGGAACUAUAAUUAAACAAGAAAUUUCUUAAUUUGCUUAAAUUGUUUUAACCCUUAUCAUAGCUUUAUUAAAAAUUAUAAAUUAACUUAUGUAUCAAGGAUAUAUAUAUAAAACUCAAAGGAUAAUUUUAUAUUUUAUUAAUUCUAUGAUCAUUUCAUACUCAUGUUAUGCAUUUAUUAAUCUAAAAAAUAAUUCCAUCAUUAUUUGGCCUCUUCUAGCCAGUAUUAUUUUGUAUAUUGAUUAUCAAUACUAAAUUAAUUCAAUCUAUUCAAUAUUUAUUAAUACUAAAUAACCUAUUACUAUGUAUGUUUAUUAAUUAAUCAAAUUUUCAAAUAAUUGUUAUCAAAAUGAAAUUUAACCCUUUCAGAAUAGUCUCAUUUGGUCUUAACACAAAGCUAAAUGUUCUAAUGUAACUUGUUCUUGCAAGGAUCAAACAUUCAAUAUAUUAGAUGUUAAAUAAGCUAAUAUUAUUACUGAAUAAAUUUUUAAAUAAUUUAUUUACACAAAAAUAAAACACAUUACUAAGUAAAUACAUGAGAAUAGAAAUAUUCAUAAUUUAGAUACUGCAUUUUAUGAAAUUGCUUAAGCUACCUUAUUCAUGAGACAAGGAUUUGUAUUAAUAGCUAUUAAGAAUUAUAAUAGAUUUUUAAAUAAUUCAUCUAAUGAUUAUCGAGUAAGAGUUAUAUCAAGUGAGAAGUCUCUUACUAAUAGACCAUAAAAAAAAAUAAAAUAAAGUUAAGUUGAUUCAUAAAUUUAGGAUAUUAUUAACAAUUAACAUAAAAAAGUCUUAAAAUAUGAUGUUAUUAAUAGAAAUUUUUAAGUUUCAACACUUAAACUAAUAAAAAUAUAAUAUUUAUUAAAAUAGGCAUAAGUUUAUUUAAAUGAAAAUUUUACAAAUUCCAUUUGCACAGCUUAAUAAUUGUAAAUGUCAGAAUAUUUAAAUUUUUAUUUAAAAAGUGAAUUUUAAAUGGAUGACCUAGUGUAAAUGAUUAUUAAAAUAAUAAAAUUGAAAAUUGAAUUCUACACUUAUCUUUUGAAAUGUGAUGCUAUGAAUGCUGAUAAAAUUUUUAUUUAUAAAAUGAAAUACUUCACAUAAGUAUUAGAUUUAGAAGAGAAACUUCUAUAAAAAUAUGAAGCUUAUUAAAGUAUUAAAAUGAAAUAAAUGAUAAUAUUCUUUUAUUCAAGAAUUUAUAAUAGUUACUAAAAGGCUUAAAAAUUCAAAUAAAUUAAUAACAAUUAAUAAUAGAAAUAUAUUUUUAGUAAUUAAGUUAUUGACUUUUAUUCUGAUAAGAUUAUGUAUGUUUUGUUUUAAUUGCAAGAUGAUUUAUAAAAUUUAAGAAUUAAAUCUCAUUCAAGUAAUUUUCUUAAAAUUAUUGGUCGAUAACCUAAUGAACAUCUUAUAUAAUUUAAUGAUAUCUUACCUGAGUUUAUAAGAGAGGAACAUCCUGCUAUGGUUUAGAGAUUUGUUUAAACUGGUAAAGCAAGAUAUUACAGAAAUCUUAGUCUAACAUUUGUGAAACAAUAAAAUGGUUUAUCCAAAUAAAUGGAAUAGACUUUUGAUACUGUCACAUUAUUAAAUGAUAAUAGAGUGGUAUUUGCAUCUAUUAUUCAAGAUGUACUUGAAUAAAAAGCUUAUCUCUUAGUAAAUGUAAAUGGAUUAUUAUCUGGUAUGACAUUUAUGUGUUUAAGAAAAUUGGGAUUUUCAGAAGAAGAUAUAUUAAAUAUAGAUGAAUUUUAUUCAUUUUAUGAAGUUGAAAUCAAUUAAAUAAUACCAGUCUUUAAUAAUAUACCUUGGUCGGAAUUAUAAGAAUAAAAACUUGAUAAUGUAAAAUUUUUAUUUGUUGAUAUUUUAUAAUUUCAAAGGGAAAAUUAUAGUAAGUCUUCGAUUGAAAAUCAUUCACAAUUAGGUAGAGUUUGGUAGGAUAGUAGAUACACAAAAGAAUAUGCAGCAAAUUUAUUUAUUAUGAAAAGAGAAAUAUUUGGAUUUUAUUAUUUUAUAAUUGAAUUAGAAUCUGCUCAUUUGAUUGAAUCUUCACAUUAAAAUAAUGCAGUAUUUUCAUGUACUUAAUUUAAAUAAACUUAACAUAAUGCAGAAUCAGCAAUAUUUGAUAUUGAUUCUAUUAUAUUAUCUAUAGAUGAAGGAGCUGCUAAACAUGUAAAUACUUUGAAUAUUUAAGAACGAGAGAACUAUUCAAUAGCAUUAAAAGAACUUUCAAAAUAAUAAGAUUUUGAUAAAAUCUAUUAAGUUAUGCUUAGUCCUAACAAUAGUGUAUCUAAUUUGAUUGAUAAAAGUUAAAAUAUGAUAAAUACUGUAUAAAGACACAAUAGCUCAUUUUAAUAAGAAUAUUAUUGUUAAUAACCUGCUUUUUUUAAUGCUGAGGCUUCUAGUAAAGAGAAACAUCCUCAAUUAUAGUAAGUUUAAAAGUAAGAUGAUUUAUAAUAAUAAUAAUCUGAAUCUAGUUUAGGUUCUAUAAAAAGACCUAUUUAUAUGAAAAAGUUUGAAAUUAUAGAUUCAUUUUAUAGCAAUUUCAAUUUUUCAUAACAAUAGAUUAUGGUAUUCUUUAUUAUUUUCACUCUUAUAGUGUUUGGCAUAUUUUCAGUAAUAAUUCUAUCUCUCUUAAGUAAUGAUUUACAAACUAAAAUUUAAGAGAUAGAGAUGCUAUCUUUUUAAGCAGAUAUUGUAGCUCCUUAUGAUAGAUACCUUGCUAUAAGAGCAUAGAUUUAUUAUUACUAAGGGUUAUAUACAGCUAAAAAAAUAAGUUAAUAAUAAACAAGUGAUUUAGUAGAACCACUUUAUUCUAUAAUAGGAGUGUGUUAUAAUGAAUUAAAACAAAAUUCAUAUAUAUCUUUAUUAGAGAGUGAUUUAAAGGAAUUUUUUAAAGAUGUUUAUACAAAUACAUUUUUUAUGGGUAUGACUGAUAAAAUAAUUUAUUCAAAAAAUAUAACUUUUAGAGAAUUUAUUCAUUAAUUACUUAAUUAUCAAUAUGAUUUUAAAAUAAUUUUUGAUAAAAGGAUUCCAACAAAAGGUUGUCCUUGUUAGGUUUUUUAAUUUUCUAAUUAUUUCAAUCUUUAAGAUAAUUUAGAACUUAUGUCCCAAGAAAUUUUACAAUUUUCAAGAGAUAAAUGUACAUAAAUAAUUGAUAAAUGGAUAACAAUUUGGAUUGUUUUUAUAGUAGUUUGUUUUGUAUUAUCUCUUUUAAUAUAUUAUUUAAAAACAGGGAUAUUAUUUUAGUAUGAUACAAUAAUGGAAAUAAUAACGCAUAUAACAGAACAAAGUAUAUUAAAAGAAACAGAAAAACAUAAAAUUUUAUUAAAUAAUUUAUCAUCUUAAACUGAUUAUAUUAAUAGUUAUUAAUUAGAAUUAUAAACUGAAAUAUAAUAGAAUAUUUAAAAUAAAGGAGAAAAUGAUGUACUUAGAAAAAAUAAAAGAAAAAUAUUGAUUAGAGCAUCAAAGUUUAGAUCAAUAAUAUUUUCAUUUGUAAUAUUUGUAAUAUUUUUAAUCUACUCUUGUUUAAUUACAUUUUAAACUCAAAGUUUCUUAAAUAAAUAUUAAUCAACUGCUGAUUUUUAUAAAUUGAUAGCAGAUUUAUCUUUUCGAAGUGGUAAUAUGUUUUUAUAUAGAGAAAUGUUUAUGUUAUGGGGUAAUCUUACUUAUUUAAAUAAAACAGAUGGAUUAAGAUUAUAUAAUUUAAUUGAUAUAGCAUAAUCUAAAAUUAUGGAAUAUGUUGAUUAGGCUCCAAGAAUAAAUUUAGAAACUCUUUUAGUUCCUGAAAAUUUCUAUGAAUUCUUUCUUACAGUUUAAAAUACUGAUGUAUGCAAUUUUUUAGAUGAAAAUUAUAGAAAAGUGCUUACUCCAUAUUGUCAGAAAUCAUUUGAUAGUUCUUUGAUGAAAGGAAUGCUUCCUGCUUUAACAUAUAUUCAUUAAACAAUAAUUACAUAAUAAGCUAUAAAUAAUUUCACUUAUAGGGCAGAAGAUAUUUUAUAUGAAGUAGAAGGUGGGUAAGUAGCAAGUAGAGUAUUUUCAUUUAUGAAUAAAAAUUUAUAAAAAGGAAUAAUUAAUAAAACAGAAAGCUUUAAUUAUUAAAAUUAAGUAAUAUAUUUAUUUUUAUUUUAAGUUAUUGUCUAUAUUCUUUUUAAUUGCUUUAGGUAUUAUUUGUUUUUAUGUUAUAAAUUUCCAUUAUACUAAUUUGAAAUAACAUCUUCAAUUAAUCAAAUUUGGAGUUUUGAUGAUACCAUAAAGUGACAUCUUGAAAAAUGACUUCUUUGAAAGAUACUUGAAACAAAUUGAACUGAAAUUGGGUUAUAAAUUGUGA